AUGUUCUCCACUACCAAGCUCGAGAGAACUGGUCUUUUCCUCGCUUCAUUUAUCGCGGUCCUAUCCCCAUCGCUAUCAGCGGUUGCUCUUGCCAACCAAACAUGCUACUACCCAGAUGGCUCAAUCGCUCAAGGUGAUAAGCCUUGUGGAAAUGGAACGGAUGUAGGUUGCUGUGGAUCAGGUGCCAUCUGCCUUUCGAAUAGCCUUUGCAUGGACGUCCGUCAGCCGAAUACCUUGGCCAGAUCAUCAUGUACAGACAAGACAUGGAAUAGUGGAAAUUGUCCAAACUAUUGUCUUCAGGAUACCAGUUUCAACAAAAGCGGUUGCUCGAUCAUACUCUUCUCAUAUCUCGACAGCACCGCCGAGUACUGCUGUAACAACAUGGACGCCAGCGGUAACACUCCCAUUUGCGCUAAUAACUACUCGAAAUUCCAAAUUCCUGACUCUAGUAUAGUUCCUGGUUAUGCCCUUCUGUCGGAAUAUACCACUGUCUCGAAUGCUAUGUCUUCAACAGGAAGUAACCCUAACGGUGACCACCAUGCUACUAUUGGAGUAGGAGUCGGAGUUGGCGUACCAUUAGGUCUCAUUACACUUGCUUCGAUUGCCUGGGCGCUUUGGGAACGACGAAAAUUGAAUCGCUACAAGAAUGAAAUCAUCCCAAAUGCAAAGAAAUCAUCUCCUUAUUCAGAUGCAGCACCUCAGCAGCAGGCGUACAGUAUGGCACCUGUGAAUACCGGCGCAUACACACAACCCGCGCAGACGUACAAUGAUAAUCAAUACAAUUCAGCAUUGUUGUCGGAGAUGGAAACGACAGGCCCGGUGGAGUUGGAUUCAAGGAAGUAG